AUGGACCUGAUGAACGGACAGGCAAGCAGUGUGAAUAUUGCAGCCACUGCUUCUGAGAAAAGUAGCAGUUCUGAGUCUCUAAGUGACAGAGGUUCUGAAUUGAAGAAAAGUUUUGAUGCUGUGGUAUUUGACAUUCUUAAGGUUACACCAGAAGAAUAUGCGGGUCAGAUCACACUAAUGGAUGUUCCAGUAUUUAAAGCUAUCCAACCAGAUGAACUUUCCAGUUGUGGAUGGAAUAAAAAAGAGAAGCACAGUUCUGCACCAAAUGCAGUUGCCUUCACAAGAAGAUUUAACCAUGUAAGCUUUUGGGUUGUUAGAGAGAUUCUUCAUGCUCAGACAUUGAAAAUUAGGGCAGAAGUUUUGAGCCACUAUAUUAAAACUGCUAAGAAACUGUAUGAGCUGAAUAACCUCCAUGCACUUAUGGCAGUGCUUUCAGGCUUACAAAGUGCCCCAAUUUUCAGAUUGACUAAAACAUGGGCGUUAUUAAGUCGAAAAGACAAAACAACCUUUGAGAAAUUAGAAUAUGUAAUGAGUAAAGAAGAUAAUUACAAAAGACUCAGAGAUUAUAUAAGUAGCUUAAAGAUGACACCGUGUAUUCCCUAUUUAGGUAUUUAUAAGGGGCAACUCACCUUCAUUGAUGAAAGUUACNNAUCAACCGGCAGCAUUCUAGAAAAUGAACAGAGAUCAAAUUUGAUGAAUAACACCCUUAGAAUAAUUUCUGAUUUACAGCAGUCCUGUGAUUAUGAUAUUCCCAUGUUGCCUCAUGUCCAAAAAUAUCUGAACUCUGUUCAGUAUAUUGAAGAACUGCAGAAGUUUGUGGAAGAUGAUAAUUACAAGCUUUCAUUAAAGAUAGAGCCAGGGACAAGCACGCCACGUUCUGCUGCAUCCAGGGAAGACUUAUUAAGUCCUGAAGUAGGAGCGUCUCCAAAAAGUGGAAGAAAAAGUGUAGCCGCUGAAGGAGCCUUGCUACCACAGACACCCCCAUCCCCUCGGAAUCUGAUCCCACAUGGACAUAGGAAGUGCCAUAGCCUGGGCUAUAAUUUCAUUCAUAAAAUGAACACAGCAGAGUUUAAGAGUGCAACAUUCCCAAAUGCGGGCCCCAGACACCUGCUAGAUGACAGCGUCAUGGAGCCCCACGCACCAUCUCAGAGCCACGCAGAGAGCUCUACUCUUUCCAGUGGGAUAUCAAUAGGUAGCAGUGAUGGUUCUGAACUAAGUGAAGAGACGUCAUGGCCUGCUUUUCAAAGGAGCAAAUUAUACUAUUCUCUCCGCUCGCUGACAAGAAUGGCACGAAAUGGCUAUCGAAGCCACGUGAACGCCAGAAGUUCUGCAGAAUCAGAAGACUUGGCAGUACAUUUAUACCCAGGAGCCGUUACUAUUCAAGGUGUUCUCAGGAGAAAAACUUUGUUAAAAGAAGGCAAAAAGCCAACAGUAGCAUCUUGGACAAAAUAUUGGGCAGCUUUGUGUGGGACCCAGCUUUUUUACUAUGCUGCCAAAUCUCUAAAGGCAACAAAAAGAAAACAUUUCAAAUCCACUUCAAAUAAGAAUGUGUCUGUUGUUGGAUGGAUGGUGAUGAUGGCUGAUGACCUAGAACAUCCAGAUCUCUUCUUGUUGACUGACUCUGAGAAAGGAAAUUCAUAUAAGUUUCAAGCUGGCAAUAGGAUGAAUGCAAUGCUGUGGUUUAAGCAUUUGAGUGCAGCCUGCCAAAGUAACAAACAACAGGUUCCUGCAAACUUGAUGACAUUUGAGUAA